GUGGCGGACCCAAGAAUAUUGUAGAAAGUGUCGCCCUCUCGCCGUACAGCACUUCGGAAGCAACAUAAGCCCUGCGAUGGAAGGAGAAUCUUCUCAUAACGAGAGCGCGUCGUCGUCGGGCAAGGAGAAGUUGAGUGAAUCACAACGUAAAAUCCAAAACUUCUGGCCAAACAUUAUGCUUGAGAUGCAGCAGCUACGGAAUGUGGAACCAGGUAAUCAGCUGCUGCCGCUGGCCCGCAUCAAGAAAGUCAUGAAGCUUGACGAAGACGUGAAGAUGAUCUCGUCCGACGCGCCGCUGUUGUUUGCCAAGGCAAUCGAAAUCUUCAUCCACGAGCUGACGCUGCGCGCUUGGCUACACACCGAACACAAUAAGCGCCGGACGCUGCAGCGGAGCGACAUCGCGAUGGCCAUCACCAAGUACGACCAGUUUGAUUUUCUGAUAGAUAUUGUACCGCGCGAAGAGAUCAAGUUGACGAAGCGUAGUUAUGACGUGCGCGUGAGCCCCAGCGGUGGCAUCGAGAACGUGCAGUACUUCCUUCAGCUUCCCCAACACCAGGAGCACCAGCCUGAACAGGACCAAGAGCAGAACCAGGAGGCAACCCAAGAGCAAUCGCAGCAGCAGGUGGUCACAGCAACACCGGUGAAGGCCGUGGCAAUGACAGUGAUGGGCUCAAAUUCUGUCACGACCACAGCGACUGCCCCAAAAACGAUCACCACGGCAACCGCAUCAGCUGCCGCAAUCACAGCAAACUCAUCGAUCGUGCAGCUCAAGCAGACGAAUCUCCAGCAAACAUCAAAGCAGCAAAAACCUUUGCAGGGCUUGCAGGCAAUCAGUUUCCUGAACACGAGUGCAAUGGCUGGUAGCAGUGGCAGCAGCAGUAGCAGCACCACCAGCUCGGCAGCCACCAUACCAACUAUUAAUCAGCCGCUGCAGCUAGUUCAACAUUUCAUUACGCCCUCGGGUGAAAUCACGCAGAUACCCAUAACAAUUCCACAGAACCAGUUGAAUUUUAUUCGGACGGCAGUGCCCAUGGCAGGUGCGACGGGUGCAGCAGGUACCGCGAGCGUACAACCGAUAUUCCUUCCAGCAGCCACCGCUCUUCAAACACCUACCUUCAUACAUGCACCACCAGGCUGCAUGUACUUCAGUGCGAGUCAACUGCAACAAUUGCAGCAACAACAACAGCAGCAGCAACAGCAACAGCAACAGCCACAGCCACAACAACAGCAACAACAGCACUGCCGGCCAACGUGAAGGACCACAAUAUGCACGCAUUCCGGCUAAUCAUAAUUCAUGAUGGACUUGCCCGCUCGGAGGUGAUCCUGUUCAUCGAGAACACCGGUCGGCUGAAGGGGCCCCCUAGAACGGGCCACACGCCAUCGGGGAGAUACACAUCCGCACCGAAAACAGCACGUCCGGAGUACUGGGCUGUAUCACGAAGCAAGCCGUCAGGAGCUGCACGCAUCUGAAGAUGUUCGAGUACUACGAGAUCGUAGUCGCCAAUGACGUCGCGUCGAGUUUGUGUUCUUCCGGAACAGCCCAACGGUCGACGCAGCACCUUCUGCUGCCCUGGGUUCGAUGUGCCCUUACACUCAAGUGUCUGCACCCAAUAAGUAUGAGUGCCGGCUGGUUGGCGUGCUACUUGCUAGCUGCUUAACAACUGUUUGUGUUUCAAAUUCAUACAGCACAUGGCAGCCAGCAGAAUGGAAAUUAACUAACCGCAAAUGAUGCAAUUCGCGGUGGAGAUCAUAAAACUCUUCGCGAUCUGCUGUGUUGACGACAUAAUGACCAUAAGUACGACCUGCGUGUUUUAGCUCAUGUA